AGUCCCAUCUUUGGAAUUAAUCCCUUUGGUCCCGUCUACACCUCUCUGCCGCCUCACGGAGCGUUUCCUCCACCCACCUUCAUGUCUCCUGGACAGGCCACCAUCCCGGGCCUCAGGCCCUACCCAGGGCUCGACCCCAUGAGCUUCCACAUGGCCUACACCUACGCCAACGAGGCCGCCACUUUUGCUGAAAUGCAGCAGAAGAGGAAGUACCAACGGAAACCAGGUUUCCAGGGGGAGCUGCCGGACGGGACGGCGGACUAUUUGUCGGGCCUGGACGACCUGACAGACAGCGACUCGCUUCUGUCCAGGAAGAAGAUGAAGAAGACUGAAAGUGGUAUGUACGCGUGUGACUUGUGCGACAAAACAUUCCAGAAGACCAGUUCCCUCCUAAGACACAAAUAUGAGCACACAGGUAUAUAUAACGUUUGGACACUUCUUUCUUUUACCCCACCCCUGAUGCUUCUGUGCCCUCUCCCUUCUUUUCUUUGGUUUCAUUCGGUCACUUAGAUCCUCUCCUUUAGUUCUGUCCUUCUGUUCCUCUGUGAACCUUUAACAUGCUCCUU